GGGGGGGAUAUCAGAUGGAACGCGCGUUCCAUGAGUGUAGAAGGUUGGUAGACGGUCAUAAGAAGGGACGGAAAAUUAUAUGACAGUGCAAAUUGUCACGAAGCUAUUUCUGGUUGGAUAUUCGAGAUCGAAAGCACAUCAUGUCGAGUACAUCGACGUAGAAAACAUCGACGUGUUUUCAAUUUCAUGACAAUGUUCCACCAAAAAUCGAUUCUUUUCAUACUUUAUAUAAACUAGAGAACCUCCUCCCCUCAGUGAAGUUUUUUCUUCUUCUUCUUUUCCUCAAUCACUGCUCAAUAUUCAUUGAAGCCUGAUUACAUCAAGUUCAAACCCAAGAUUUAAAAUAUUCUCCGCUUGGCGAAAACCAACAAGCUAACGGAAUACAAUUAUCUUUCCGAAUCUCUACUUUCAAACUCUCGUUUUUCUUGACGGCGAAUUAUUUGCAGUCAAAUAUCUUAUAUUCGAUAUGUCGAAAUCCCCGGCAUUGUCUUCUCCACAGAAGACUCCAUCCCCCAAGGUGCAAGACCCAUCGAAAGGGUCUUCGCAUGACUCCAUCUGUUGUAAACAAAGACAGAGGCAAGAUAGCGGCCCGAAAAUGGGGUCGCGCACAAGUCGGGACCUCUCAGACCAUCCCGUGGACUUCCCAGUCGGGCUAUCGCCGCUCAACUCCUCACCUCCGAGACCCAGGAGUGCACCAGGAGAUUUGUCUGCUGUCAGAUACAAUCUCUUUAACAUCACCGCCAUUCCCCUCCAUAAAUCAGCCUCCCACCGACCUACACGAGGCGCGCCCUCUUGCUGUGUCCAUUUGCACAGCGAAGCUCAGCGUGGGCAGUGUCAGGGCCAGGCACAGGUAUUGCGGCCGGAAGCAAAGGGUAUCGCCGAGGUGGUGAAGGGAGACCCGGACCUCGAUAGGGACAAGGUAGACACCGAAUGGCUCGAGACUGACGAGGAAGACGAGGGAGACGACGGGUGGUCUAUCAUAAUAGACGAAACCUCAGAGACGGCCGAGAUCAAUAGGGCUCUAGAGGAGCCGACUAUAAGAGACAUCAAAAGUAAACCGGUCAACGAUGCUGUUGUUGAGCGGCGCAAGCCCCAUCUAAGGGUACAUCCACUAUUCGCAGCCCGUUACGGAAACGACCCGAACUGGGACUCGAUGGUCGAGUUGGGGUAUGAGUCUUGAUGACUGGGCUUAUUACUAAGUGCCCAAGUCCCUGACGUAGAUACAGACGCGAUAUUCAUUCGCAAACAACGCGUUUGUCGGCUGUCGAUUAACAACUGGUACUAUCACUACUCCUCUUGUGACGGGGGAUAAUUGGAAGAUG